UCCUCCUCCCCCCGGAACACAUAGAGCAGUGCCGUGACGUCACCGCCAGCAAGGUUCUAUCAUGGCGCUGUCCAGAGUGGUUGCCCUAGGGCUGAGAACGGGCCACGCCGGGGCCCAGACAAGGCAGAAGCUGCAGUGGCCGAGAAACUGUUUGUUCCAAGGCUUUACCUCACCCUACAAUCAAGUAUUCAGAAAUUCCGGCAGCAUCUCAAAUGUCCCGUCCCCUGGUGGUGCUGCCUAUGGCUUAGUUGUUGCAAUCACUGCUCUGGGAGGUGGCAUCUAUGUGUACAGAACAUUACACAGAGAUAAAACAAGAUUUAGUGAGAGGAUCUCAACUAUCAAGUCCAUAAGGGAGAAUAUAGAAAAACAGGAUGGUUCGAGUAGCACAGAAGUGGAAUCAAGAGAAGCUGUUAAUAAACAAGAAAAGCUUCAGGCGGAUGUUCUACCUCUCGCCAUUUUGCCGUCCCAUGUGCCCUUUCUUCUUAUUGGUGGAGGCACCGCUUCAUUUGCUACAGCACGUUCAAUACGUGCAAGAGAUCCAGGUGCAAAGGUUUUGAUUGUGUCAGAUGAGCUAGACCCUCCUUAUAUGCGACCUCCUCUUUCCAAAGAGCUCUGGUUUUCAGAUGACCCUGAUGUUACAGAAACCCUGCGCUUUAAACAGUGGAACGGUAAAGAAAGGAGUAUCUUUUUCCAACCACCCUCUUUUUAUGUGGCUCCAGAGGAAUUGAUGUCUACAGAGCAUGGGGGUGUUUCUGUUCUAACUGGGAAAAAGGUAGUACACUUAGAUGUCCGAGAGAACAAGGUGAGACUGGAUGAUGGAACCCAUAUCUCAUAUGAAAAGUGCUUGAUUGCCACAGGAGGAAUCCCUCGUAAUCUCCCUGCCAUAGAACGGGCUAGUGAGGAGGUGAAAAAGAGAACCACCCUAUUCAGACGGGUGUCCGAUUUUCGCGCUCUGGAACGUCUUUCUUCCUCACUUGGCUCUAUUACAAUCAUAGGGGGUGGAUUCUUAGGAAGCGAAUUAGCUUGUGCCCUGGGAAGGAGAGCUCAGCGGUCAAACCUUGAGGUUGUCCAGAUGUUCCCCGAAAGUGGAAACAUGGGGAAGGUUCUCCCAGAGUAUCUAAGUCAUUGGACUACUGAGAAGGUUAAGAGAGAGGGUGUGAAUGUAAUAUCUGAUGCUGUUGUCAAGGCUGUCAGCUACAAAAAUGGGAAGCUUCAUAUUUCUCUUAAGGAUGGAAGACAGGUUGAAACAGAUCAUAUUGUUGCAGCAGUUGGUUUGGAGCCGAACACUGAAUUGGCAAAAUCAGCUGGUUUGGAGCUAGAUGGGGAUUUUGGAGGGUAUAGGGUUAAUGCAGAACUACAGGCGCGCAACAAUGUGUGGGUGGCAGGUGAUGCUGCGUGCUUUUAUGACAUUAAGUUGGGCAGGAGGAGAGUGGAACACCACGACCAUGCCGUAGUGAGUGGACGUCUCGUGGGAGAAAACAUGACUGGAGCUGCUAAACCUUACUGGCACCAAUCCAUGUUCUGGAGUGACCUGGGUCCUGAAGUUGGAUAUGAAGCAAUUGGCAUUGUUGACAGUGCACUUCCAACGGUUGGUGUGUUUGCCAAGGCAACUGAGAAAGACACUCCUAAAAGGGCAGCUGAGGAAAGCGGCACUGGGAUCCGCUCCGAGAGUGAUUUUCAAGGUAUAAUACAACCAGUAAGUGACAGCUCCGCAGUUACACCUUCACUCCCAGCUCCUGCACAACAGGGAGAUUCCUAUGGAAAAGGAGUGGUGUUCUACCUACGAGAUAAUGUGGUGGUGGGAAUGGUGCUGUGGAACAUCUUUAACCGCAUGCCGAUUGCUCGCAAGAUAAUAAAGGAUGGGGAGCAGCAUGCAGACUUGAAUGAGGUGGCCAAACUCUUUAACAUCCACGAGGAGUAAAUGGUUUAAUGAAUGUUAAGG